GCCACCUCCUCCGCCCAAGGCCGAGGGCAGACCAGUUACAUCGACGUGAUGGGGAGCACCGGCGAUCUCCCGGAGACCCGGCGGAAGCCGCGGUUCCUCUGCCUGCACGGGUUCCGGACCAGCGGGGAGAUCAUGCGGGAGCAGCUGGCGGCAAAGUGGCCGGACCAGAUCCUCUCCCGCCUCGACCUCUUCUUCCCUGACGCCCCUUUCCCCGCCGCUGGAAAGUCCGAGGUCGACGGCAUCUUCCCUCCCCCCUACUACGAGUGGUAUCAGUACGACAAGGACUUUAUGGUGUACCCGAAUCUCGACAAGGCUUUCGCUCGAGUAGAGGAGCUGAUGAUCGAGCACGGGCCGUUCGACGGCCUGAUGGGUUUCUCCCAGGGGGCGAUUCUUUCGGUGGCGCUCGCCGGCCUUCAGUGCAAGGGACUGGCUCUAACGACAGUGCCAAAGGUGAGGUGGCUGGUGAUCAUGGGCGGCGCCAUGUUCAAAGCCCCGGAAGUGGCGGAGCGAGUCUACCCUUCCAAGAUCGACUGCGCCUCGCUGCAUUUCAUCGGGGAGAAGGAUUUCUUGAGAAGGAACGGUGAGAAACUGUUGGAAUGGUUCGAUGAUCCGGUGGUCGUUCGACAUGCCAAAGGCCACACUGUUCCUAGACUCGAUGAGGAUGAAAGCAUCGAGAGAGUGGCAGAGUUUCUUCGGAAGAUCGAGGACGAAUUGGCACCUGGAGAUGCGAAAAUUGCAAUUAAUGCUUCUGAGGAAGGAAUAUGCGCGAGUUGAUUGGAAUUGACGAAAAAAAUCUGGGCAUCGAAGAAGCGCUGCGCUGCUGGAAUUAAUACGAUAGAUUUGCGAUUUUAUUCGGUUGCUUGUUUCGACACGAACAGAUUGUGUCUACGAUAUAGUUGUUGUCGUUAUUUAAAUCUAUAGGAUAUUUUUAAA